CCAGGGACAAGAUGGAGUCUGUAACGUUUGUGCUAUCCCUCCUGGUGUUGAGCGCUCACGCGUUGCUGGUGUUUGGUGUGGACUGCAAUAUCGACGGUCAUAAGCUAAUGGCUGGAGAGAAGUAUACUCCAAAAGGUAAAUGUGUGGAAUACACGUGCGCCGGCAAGGAGGCUAUUUCGCUGAUAGGGUGUGCUCAGACGGUUUCCAGUAAGCCCUGCAAAAAAGUGGAGGAGGAUUUGUCCAAGCCAUAUCCCUCCUGCUGUUCCUAUUUCGAGGAUUGCUAGGCUGAUGCUUGAGCUUAAAAAAGUAAUUUAAAAUACUGAAAAUAAAAUGAAAAUAAAGUAAUUUGGAUCCUCGCUUACAUGGGAAAAUGCUUUGAUUUUCCCUCGUAAGUUGGAAAACGGUA